AUGACGCUUGGUCUGUGGGUCGCGGCGUCAUGGGCAUUACCGCAUUUGACGACAGCGGCUGCAAAGGCACAUUCUCACCCGUCAUUCCUCUUCACCAACAGCGGAUUGUGGGAUCGCCCGCUGGCAGACUUUGCUUCCCUGUCAUUGCAAAAGGCCGCGCAGUACAAUCUCCUGUUGAGCCUCAGGCAAAUGGUGGAGCCCAAGGGCGUCCACGUCGGCGGGGUCAACAUCGGAGGUCUUGUCGAUGAGGAAGAUCCCGUCAUGAACCCGAGGAAUAUUGCGCAAGCCUUGUUUGAGCUAUACCAGCAAGACAAGCCUCAUUGGCAGUGGGAGAGCAAAGUUGGCGACUGGGAUGAGUUUCUCAAGAAGAUAGGGGUCCAAUCGAUGUAA